AUGCCGCCGCCGGCGGCGCACGGCGCGGCAGGCGCGGCAGGCGACAAACCGCUGGUGCUGCUGGCGCAGCCGCUGUUCCCGAACUUCGCGGCGGCGCUGGAAGGCCGGUACCGCUUCGUCCUGGCCGGGGACGCCGACGCGGCCACGGUGGCGGAGGCGCGGGUGCUGCUCGUGCCGGGGCUCGUGGCCGUGACCGCCGACCUCAUUGACAGGUUUCCGGCGCUGGAGCUCAUGGUAGCGACCUCCGUCGGGCUGGACCACGUCGACCUCCGCGCCUGCCGCCACCGCCGCGGGCUCGCCGUCACCAACGCCGGCGUGGCCUUCUCCGUCGACACCGCCGACUACGCCGUCGGCCUCGUCGUCGCCGUGCUGCGCAGGGUCGCCGCCGCCGAGGCGCACCUCCGGCGCGGCGCGUGGGCGACGGACGGCGAGUUUCCACUGGCCACCAAGGUGAGCGGCAAGCGCGUGGGGAUCCUGGGGUUGGGCAGCAUCGGCACGCUGGUGGCGCGGCGCCUCGCGGCCUUCGGGUGCCGCAUCGCCUACAACUCCCGCUCGCCGAAGCCGUCGUGCCCCUACGAGUUCUACCCCACGGCGCGCGCCCUCGCCGCGGCCAGCGACGUGCUGGUGCUGUCGUGCGCGCUGACGGAGGAGACGCGGCGCGUGGUGGACCGGGGCGUGAUGGAGGCGCUGGGCGCGGGCGGCGUGCUCGUCAACGUCGGCCGCGGCGGCCUGGUCGACGAGCCGGAGCUGGUGCGGUGCCUGCAGGAGGGUGUCAUCGGCGGCGCCGGGCUGGACGUGUACGAGGACGAGCCGGAGGUGCCGCCGGAGCUGCUCGCCAUGGACAACGUCGUGCUGUCGGGACACAGGGCCGUGCUCACGGCGGAGUCCAUGCGCGGGGUGGCGGAGGUCGUCGCGGGAAACCUCGAGGCCUUCUUCGCCGGUAGGCCGCUGCUCAGCCCAGUGACGCUGUGA